GUAUUUAAAAAGGCACGGCUGUGGCACCAGGACAGCAGUCAUUAGAUGGUCAAUGACAGCAAUGGCUUCUCUGGCACUUCUUUACUUUCUGCUGUGGGUCGGUGUGGCAGCGAGUACACCGGUGGAUCUACAGAAGAGAAUCUAUAAUGGUGUCCUUUGUGGUCAAACUGAUCGUCUGUACCACGUCAGGCUGAGAGCAACUGAUGGAACAUCUACGUCACUCUGUGGUGGCUCUUUAAUCCAUGACGAGUGGAUUCUGACUGCAGCUCACUGCUGGGAUGAUUCAAGGACCAUGUAUGCAGAUGUAAAUUUCCACCCAGGUAACGAAAAGGAGACACUCAAAAUCACAAGACAUGAGAUCUAUACGGAAAACAGCAAAGGACACGACAUCAUGCUACUGAAGCUGGAGAAGAAACCUAAAAAUAUCUAUAAAAUAGAUCUUCCAGACUGUUCAACUGAUAUCAAACUGAAUGACAAAUUUAAGGUUUCAGGCUAUGUCCAUGGUGUAGAUGCCAAAGGUGUAAAAGUUCUCAAGGACUACAAUGUUCUCCACUGCACAGAUAUGACAGUUGCUGACUGUAGCAAUAUCAAAACUGGCAUACAAAAAUGUUUUCCAAAUCAGCCAUAUGGUAACUUUUUCUGUGGACAAGAAGCCGGGGUGGACACAGCUGGAGGUGACUCUGGCAGUGGAGCUGUGGUGGGCACCAAAAUUUAUGGCGUCUAUAACGGUAGUAAUAAAUAUGCAUGUAUGGCUCCAGUUAUGUUCACGAGAGUCUGUGAUUACAUUACCUGGAUCAACAACACUAUUUAUGGACGUGUAUUCUACUGUCCCAGCUCACGGUCACCUGGUGGAGGAUUUUCUCUUUCAGGAGUCACAGGGAGCUCAGUGACGGAUCUGCAGAAGAGAAUCAUCGGAGGUCGACGCUGUGAGCGUCAGUACCACGUCAGACUGAGGGGAGUGGCUGCUGACGGAUCGUGGAGCCCGUGCGGCGGCUCUCUGAUCAGUAACCGGUGGAUUCUGACUGCAGCUCACUGUCUGAAGCCAGGAAGGACUAUGUUUGCAAAUGUAAGUGUGACUCCAGGGAGUCCAGCACAGGAAGUGCAAAUCACAGCAGAACCUGUCAUCUAUGUGGAAAAAGACAACAACAACAACAACAACAACAACGACAGGUCUCAUGACAUCAUGCUGCUGCAGCUUCCCAGCCCCACUGACAUUAAACCUGUAGGUCUUCCUGACUGUGAACAUCUUCCAAAAAUAGUUCAGAUUGCAGGACACGCUGCCACCACUGGAGGCCCUGGUAAUAAACGAAAACCAGGUAAAUCACCUGCUCUCCACUGUGCAGACAUUGAUGUUGUCGACUGUGAAGACCUCAAAAAAACUUUGCAGCAAAAUUUUCAAGAGGUCUACCGGGUCAAGAAGUAUCAGCACUGGUUCUGUGGCCAAACUCCUGGGAUCGACAUCUGUUAUGGAGACUCUGGCGGAGGAGCGGUGUAUGGAGACAAGAUUUACGGGGUCAUUUCUUUUCUUGGUGAUCCUAAGUAUGUAUGUCGAAAAGCAAGUGCAUUCAUGGACCUCUGCAAUCCAGAGUAUACAGCUUGGAUCAGUAAAACUAUCACCUGACAGAACAGAUGUCUACAGUAGUAUGGUGUGGCUGACUGUAAAGACUCUGUCAUAAAUAAAGAGAUUUCAGCUCAAUGAGAAAUGUUACCUGGUUCUGUAGUUUUGUGUUUUUCACACCCAAAAAUGAAGUCAUACAAAUUGGAAACAGUGUUUGUAAGGAUCAGACCAGAUAAUUGAUCAGUUAUCUGUUACUAUAUAUUGUGCCAUUUGUGAGCGAUACAAGGGAAUUUAGAAAAACUGAAGUAAUGUUUUUUUGUUUUUGUUUUUUUCUGGUAAGAAAGAAAGAAAAAACUACCUCCAAUCCCAAAACUGAAGAAUUCCGCUAUGUUGAUAAAUGGCCUGCGGUACUAUAACACUGAAAAGGUACAAUUGAAAUAAUAAAGGAAUUUUAAUAUGAGUUUUACUAUGUGCAGCUUAUAUUGUAACUUUUAAUGUUCUAUUACUUAGUUUUAAGUGCUAGUAUUCCAGGAGAAAAUAAACUACAUAGUUAACUUUGACGUCAUGUGAUGAAAUAUGGUAACUUUUUUCUCACUUCACAAGCUAAGUUUCACAGACCUCCUUCAUCCUUCCCUCUCUUCACCAUCCAUUUCUUCCAUUUCUUCCUUUC